AUGACGAUGACGCAUCAUUCUUCUCGUUGUCGAAUAUCAAACCUUCCAUUACGAUCAUUACUGCCAUUACUGCUACUGCUCUUCCAAUUCACAUUACCCACACAAGCAUUGGUGGGAAGUGCCUUGUUUUCCAAAAUCCAAAAAGACUUUGCCGCCUUGACCCGCCGCGUCACGGCCCGUCACAUUCUGGUCUCCAACCAAGAAGUGGCCUUGGCCUUGAAACGGAAAAUACGAGAGCAGACCAUUGAAAAGGAAGAGUUUGUGGUGGACAUUUUUGAGCAAGCGGCCAAAAAGUAUUCGAAAGACGAAACGACCAAUUUCCGAGGUGGAUUGCUGGGAGAACUCGUGCCACAGGGCUAUUGUCAAUCCGAAGCACUGGAAGAGGCCUGCUUUCAAGUUCCGUUGGGUCUAUUGGAGGGUCCUGUGCAAACAGACUUUGGAUAUCAUUUGCUGUUGGUCACGGAACGAACCAAUUGUCCCAAGCUAGAUGGUUCCAACACCAAGUUGGUGCAAACAAAUCCAAAUGACAUUUUUGGGACGUUGGAAGCCUCGGAACAGGUGGGAAAGGUCACACCACAAUUUAUUUUGAAUCAGGCUCUGUUUUGGAUUCUAGUCUUUUUUGCAGGAGGGAUAGCAGCGGAGCUUGCCGAGAAGGUUGGGACUAUGAUAUUUCCCGACAAGUGA